AUGAGCGGAGCAAUUCAGCCAGUGCCGGGUGCAAAGUGAGCGAAUUUCUAACUCUCGUGAGAAUUUCUCGUCUAUUUCAGACCAUUGUCGAUGUGGCAGCAGUACGGACCGUCGGAGAAGACUGUGCGUGGAAUCGUGAUUGGAGGAAUCACGGGCGGUAUCGAGAUCUGCAUCACAUUCCCAACGGAAUACGUGAAGACCCAGCUGCAGCUCGACGAGCGAUCCGCGACGCCAAAGUUCAAGGGACCAAUUGACUGUGUUAAGCAGACCGUCAAAGGACACGGAUUCUUCGGUCUCUACAGAGGACUCUCCGUCCUCCUCUACGGAUCCAUUCCGAAGUCUUCUUUCAGGUAAAUACCUAUUCUCCUGAUUGCCCUACUCAUUUCUCCUUUCCAGAUUCGGAACGUUUGAGUAUCUCAAAUCGAAAGCCGCCGACGACAGAGGAAAUCUGUCGCCCGUGAUGAGAUUACUCUGCGGACUGGGUGCCGGUCUCUCGGAAGCCGUUUUCGCCGUCACUCCAAUGGAAACGGUCAAAGUGAAGUUCAUCCACGACCAGGGACUCCCUCAGCCAAAGUACAAGGGAUUCGUGCACGGAGUCGGCUGCAUCGUGAAAGCAGAAGGACUCGGAGGGAUCUACAAAGGAGUGACGGCCACGAUGGCCAAGCAGGGAUCCAAUCAGGCGAUCCGUUUCUUCGUCAUGGAGACACUCAAGGACUGGUAUCGCGGCGGCGACAACACCAAACCGAUCUCGAAGCCGAUAGUCGGACUGAUGGGAGCCAUUGCUGGAGCUGCUUCCGUUUACGGAAACACUCCGAUCGAUGUGGUCAAGACACGUAUGCAGGGUCUUGAAGCGAAAAAGUACAAGAAUACGUUAGAUUGUGCCCUGCAAAUCUGGAGAAAAGAGGGUUUCUUCGCGUAAGAGUUGACUUCUAAAUUGUUGAAAUAUCUCAUUGUCUUCAGUUUCUACAAGGGAACAGUUCCUCGUUUGUCUCGCGUUUGCCUCGAUGUCGGAAUCACAUUCAUGAUCUACGAUUCGAUCAUUGAAUUCCUGGAUCUUUACUGGAAGAAGCAGCAAUAA